AUGGCUAAAAGAGCAGUUCUUGUAGGAUGCAAUUACCAAGGAACAAAAGCUGAACUCAAAGGAUGUAUUAAUGAUGUGAAAAGGAUGUAUAAAUCACUUGUAGAAAAAUAUGGAUUUGCAGAAGAAGAUAUAACCGUUUUGAUUGAUACUGAUGAUUCUUACAUUCAACCAACUGGUAAGAACAUCAGAAAGGAAAUAUCGGAUUUAAUUACAUCUGCUGAACCUGGUGAUGUUUUAUUCUUUCAUUACAGUGGUCAUGGAACUCGUCUCCCUGCUAAAACCGGUGAAGAUGACGAUACUGGUUAUGAUGAAUGCAUUGUACCUACUGAUAUGAAUCUUAUCACUGAUGAUGAUUUCAGGGAGUAUGUGGAUCAAGUCCCAGAAGGUUGUAAGAUAACAAUUGUAUCGGAUUCGUGUCACAUCGGAGGUUUGAUUGAUGAAGCUAAAGAACAGAUUGGAGAAAGUACUAAAGGUUAUCAAGAACAGUGUUCUGGAUUUGGAUUCAAGCAUUUCUUGCACCGGAAAGUCAACGAUGCUUUGGAAUCUCGUGGCAUUCAUUUGCCUAGAAGACGCCACCAUAGGGAUGAAGAAGAAGAAGAAGAAGAGCAAGAAGAAGAGGAUGAAUCUGUAAAGAACAAAUCACUUCCUAUGUCAAUUUUGAUUGAAAUCCUGAAACAGAAAACAGGCAAAGAUGACAUUGAUGUUGGAAAGAUUCGUCCUACAUUGUUCGAUGUGUUCGGAGAAGAUUCCAGCCCAAAGGUGAAGAAAUUCAUGAAGGUUAUAUUGGAAAAACUCCAAAGUGGUGACCAUGGUGGACUCAUGGGAAUGGUCGGGUUAUUAGCUCAAGAAUUUUUAAAGCACAAACUAGACGAAAAUGAUGACAACUACGCCGAACCUGCAAUGGAAACAAAAGUUGGCAGCAAAACAGAAGCUUAUGCUGGGUCGAAUAAGCGAACACUACCUGAUGGUGGGAUCCUGGUUAGUGGAUGCCAGAGUUUGUAG